AUGGCAGGGCGGGGGCUGCAUGCCCCUCUCCCUCUCCUCUUUCUGUUACUCAUGUGGGCAGGGGUCCUCCACUUGACCCAGGGCUCCAGCUACCUGUCGGGGUACCGUCUCAAAUCCCGCCUGCAGAGGGACCGUCACAUCCGUAACGUCCGACCCAACAUCAUCCUCAUCCUCACUGAUGACCAAGACAUAGAACUGGGCUCCAUGCAGGCCAUGAACAAGACCCGGCGUAUUAUGGAGAAGGGGGGCACACAUUUCUCCAACGCCUUCUCCACCACUCCCAUGUGCUGUCCGUCACGUUCCUCUAUCCUGACAGGGAAGUAUGUCCACAACCACCACACCUACACCAACAACGAGAACUGCUCCUCACCCUCGUGGCAGGCCCAUCAUGAGCCGCACACCUUCGCCGUGCACCUCAACAACUCUGGCUACAGGACAGCCUUUUUUGGCAAGUAUCUGAAUGAGUACAACGGCUCUUAUGUGCCCCCUGGCUGGAGGGAAUGGGUAGCGCUCGUCAAAAACUCUCGCUUCUACAACUACACCCUCUGCAGGAACGGAGUCCGAGAGAAGCAUGGCAGUGACUACCCCAAGGACUAUCUGACUGACAUCAUCACCAACAACAGCAUCAACUACUUCCGUACAUCCAAGAGAUUGUACCCCCAUCGACCAGUCAUGAUGGUUUUAAGCCACGCUGCACCCCACGGUCCUGAAGACUCAGCCCCACAGUACAGCUCAGCAUUCCCCAACGCUUCACAGCAUAUAACCCCUAGCUACAACUAUGCCCCAAAUCCAGACAAACACUGGAUCCUACGCUACACAGGCCCUAUGAAACCCGUCCACAUGCAGUUCACUAACAUGCUGCAGCGCAGAAGGAUGCAAACCCUGUUGUCUGUGGAUGAUAGUGUGGAGAAGGUGUACAACAUGCUUCUGGAGACAGAUGAACUGGAAAACACUUACCUCAUCUACACCUCAGACCAUGGCUACCAUAUUGGUCAGUUUGGUCUGGUCAAGGGCAAAUCAAUGCCGUACGAGUUUGACAUCCGUGUGCCCUUCUACAUACGAGGACCCAAUGUGGAGCCAGGGUCCAUUAACCCUCAUGUAGUGCUAAACAUUGACCUGGCACCCACCCUGCUUGACAUGGCUGGGGCUGAUAUCCCCUCAGACAUGGAUGGCAAGUCCAUCCUUAAACUGCUGGACACAGAGAGGCCAGUCAACAGGUUCCAGCUGAACAAGAAGGGUAAAACAUGGAGGGAUUCAUUCCUAGUGGAGAGAGGGAAACCCCUGCACAAGAGGGCUGAUGGCAAGGAAGUGGCCCAAGAAGAAAACUUCCUGCCUAAGUACCAACGGGUCAGAGACCUGUGUCAGAAAGCAGAGUACCAGACCUCCUGCCAACAGCCAGGACAGAAAUGGCAGUGUGUGGAGGACCCAACUGGCAAGCUGAGGCUGUAUAAGUGUAAGGGCAUGGCUAGUCUCUAUGCCCCACGCAUGCAGGCUAUGAUGGCUAGGCGCGGCAUCCCGCUGUAUGGCAGCAUUAUUAACACUAACAACUGUAACUGUGGCCCACUGGGCUUCAAAACAACAGUCCUGAGGAGGAAGAGACCACUCACUAAGAAGAAGAUGAAGUCCAGUAAGACAGUGUCCAGGAACCGUUGGGCUCGCUCCAUACCCUUUGAGGUUAACGGAGAUCUCUAUGCUGUGGACCUGGAGGAGGGCUAUCGACCUGUGAGCUCCAGGAACAACAGCUGGGCAUGGGACUGGAAGAGAAGAGGGGGGAUCGGAGAGGAAGAUGAUGAAGAGUUCAGUGGUAUGGGAGUAACAGCCAAACCUACCCCUAUCAACAGGCUCACACCACCUGCUGCUCUUAAAGUUACCUACAGGUGCUCCAUUCUCAUGAAUGACACGGUUAGGUGUGACGGAGGCCUCUACAAAUCCCUUCAAGCAUGGAAAGAUCACAAACUGCACAUUGAGCAUGAGAUUGAGACCCUGCAGACCAAAAUCAAGAACCUACGUGAGGUCAAAGGUCACCUGAAGAAGGUGCGGCCUGAGGAGUGCCAGUGUAACGCACCCAGUUAUCUCCUCAAGAACAAAGAGGCUUCUAGGCUAAAGACAGGACACAGCUACUCGCCCAGAAUGCCAUCCAAGCAGAAAAAGCAGUGGCUGCUCAAAGACCAAAAACGCAGGAAGAAACUACGUAAGCUCCUGAAGAGGCUACGGAACAACGACACUUGUAGCAUGCCUGGCCUCACCUGCUUUACCCACGAUAACCAGCACUGGCAGACUGCCCCCUUCUGGACAAUGGGUCCAUUCUGCGCUUGUACUAGUGCCAACAAUAACACCUACUGGUGCCUGAGAACCAUCAAUGACACACACAACUUCCUGUUCUGCGAGUUUGCUACUGGUUUCCUGGAGUAUUUUGACCUCAACACUGACCCAUACCAGCUGAUUAAUGCUGUCAGUACACUUGACCGCAAUGCUCUGAAUUCAAUGCAUCAACAGCUCAUGGACUUGCGUGGCUGCAAGGGACAUAAGCAGUGCAACCCAGAGAAGGGAGGAAAGGAGCGAAGCUACUUCAGUGAAUACAGGCCAGUUCAUCGUCGAAAGAGGCCAAAAGUGAAGAAGCCUUCCUCCAAAUCGCUAGGACAGAUUUGGGAGGGUUGGGUUGGUUAACCCACCUAUAACCAAUGUCCCACCCACCCUGGGUUUCUCCAGUGAAGGGAGAAUAAUACAGAGUGCAGGAGAACCCAAGGACCUUGAC